AUGAAGAGGCGCCUCAAGCCGCCGGGAACCACGCGCGAAAGCCGCCACGUGUCAGUCUUCGCCCGCCUCGAUAACGCGAUUGGUUUCCACAGGACGAGCAUGGAAUCCGGAGCUGGCGAAGUGGAGGAGGUAAAGGACAGAUGCUGGAGGUGCAAUGAUGGUGCAAAAGACUCGCUCGAUAAUACAUCUUCGAAAUCUUCCCCACCUAGCCAGAACCUCAGCGCCGCUAGUGUCCUCGACACCCACGUUCCCCAAGGCUGUCGGCUUGCAGCGCGGACGACGCGCCCUGACACAGGCGCGCUAUUCGUCCUGCAGCUAUGUUCUUUGCGUCAAGCUCGGCGUCGGGAGCGUCUUCCAACAGCAUUUUGGUCUGGCGACCAUGCGGCGAUGCUAGGAGGAAACGUUGCGGUCGUGGACCAGCUUGCUCUUGAACGGCUUUCUGUGGAGCUUGGGUGA